AUGAGAGGACAGUCUACCUGCUCAGAGCAGGAGGAGGAGGGGGCUGCCGCAGCCGCCACGACUGCCGGCCCGAGGCGCGUCGAGGUUCCCCGGCCCCCCUCCAUCGAGGAGUUCACCAUCGUGAAGCCCAUCAGCCGCGGCGCCUUCGGGAAGGUGUACCUGGGCCGCAAGGCGGGCAGGCUCUACGCCGUGAAGGUGAUGAAAAAAGCAGACAUGAUCAACAAAAACAUGGUUCACCAGGUCCAGGCAGAGAGGGAUGCAUUGGCUCUCAGUAAAAGUCCUUUCAUUGUGCACUUAUACUACUCGCUUCAGUCAGCUAAUAACAUCUAUUUAGUGAUGGAGUACCUUAUUGGUGGAGAUGUCAAAUCUCUUCUCCAUAUUUAUGGAUAUUUUGAUGAAGAAAUGGCUAUUAAGUAUAUAUCUGAAGCAGCAUUGGCUCUUGACUAUCUUCACAGGCAUGGGAUAAUCCACAGGGAUCUGAAGCCAGACAACAUGCUCAUUUCUAACCAAGGCCAUAUAAAGUUGACAGACUUUGGGCUUUCCAGAGUUACUUUGAACAGAGAGAUAAAUAUGAUAGAUAUUCUUACUACACCAUCAAUGGCAAAGCCAAAACAAGACUACUCACGUACUCCAGGACAAUUGUUGUCUCUCAUCAGUUCUCUGGGUUUUUAUACUCCUGUUGGAAUGAAAAUGCCAGGGUGCAAUUCAAGUCAAUCAUCUGACAGUCUGCAUGGAGUGGUUUCUCCCUUACCUAUAGUCCAAAAGGAAAAUACCCCUCUUUCAACUAAAUUAUUCAAAACAUAUCUUGAUACUUCUCAAUUAACUCCUGUGAUGCCAGUGAGAAGCUUAACUCCUACUCUUCUUCAAUCAAGAAAAAGGUUUGGUACCUCCAGUGCCAGUAGUCAGUCACACACAUACCUUUCCAGUAUGGAAUCAGAAUGCUCCAGCAGCUCCAGGUGGGAGAAAGAUGUAGAGCAAAGUGAAGAUGACCUAUGUUCUGCAACAGGCAAAACAAGUAACAGUGGGUCAGCUCUUUCAAAUGUACAAUUACUGAAUAGCAGAGGUAUUAAAGUUUUAAAGAAAAAAGAACUGGAGUCUGCCAUUUCUCCCAUCAGCAGCAAUGAUUCUGGGAGUAAGCAGAAGUUGGGAACUGAACAUUCUGAUAUAACAGAUACUCCUGUGACCACACUGGAUGUGAAAGGCAUAGUCAGAAAAUGUCUUUCUGAAAAUAAGAUUUGGGAAGAAAAACUCUUCGUAAAUAAGAGGGAUAUGAUUAAUGAAACAGCAGAAACUUCCAAUCAACAACAGUCACCUUCAAGGCAGAAUGAGCCUGUCAAGCCUAUCAAAGAGGAAGAAAUUUUUGAAAAGCCAGGUGUAAAAAGAAGCUUUGAAUUAGUGGACACUAGUCCUUGUCAGGAAUUUAACUAUGUUAAAAAAAGUAAUGCAGAAUAUAAACGUGGCUGUCAGAUCUCAGAAUUUCCAGCAAAAAAAAGGACAGGUUUGACAACAGAAAUUCAGUCCUUAAUGCUUUGUGAUGAUGGAUGCCUACAUGACACCUGCAAAAGCACGGAAGUUAAGCAUUUUAUUGGUAACCAGCAAACUGUAGAAAAAUCAUUUACUCCAAUUAUAGCCAAAAAUCUUAUGUGUUAUCUGGAUGCAGACUAUGAAAAGGAUGAUAAAAAGGAGUACAUGAACUCAAGUUUUUUAGGCACUGACAAUGAAAAACCUUUAGGAAUCCUCAGUGCAGAUUCUGAUUUAUCAUUUCCUGAAAUGUCUGUUACAGAAAGCCAUUUAGAAAAGCAGCUUUUAGAUUUGGACAAAAGUGUUAAAGACCUCUCCUUUGAGGAACCAAAAACAGAAGGCAUGCUAAUAACAUCACCAGAGUCCCGAGAUGCUUUGCAAAAUGGAGAGGAAGCACAUAUUGUCCAGGACUGCAAGCCAUUACAUCAUGAAAAGGAUAAUGACCAAAAACACAUGAAAGAAACUUACCUUGACACAGUAUCUUCUCCUUCAGAAAAGAUGAUGGAAGCACUGAAUCUCUUCAAAAAAAAUGCUGUUGUUUUUCGAAGCUAUAAUAGUCCAAUUAACAUAUCCAAUGUAUCUGAGCCAUGUAGCAUGGCUUCCUUAGAUAUAAUGGAUCUUUCACCUGCUUGUAGUGGCUCUUACCCAACAGCUAUUACUCCAUUACAGAAAGGAAGACCAUAUAGGGUCUAUCAGACACCUCAUCAGGGAGAUGCUGGCACACCAUAUAGGACUCCAAAGAGCGUAAGAAGAGGAGCUGCCCCAGUAGAAGGUGAACGCAUCCUAGGGACCCCAGACUACCUGGCACCUGAGCUGCUUUUGACAAAGCCUCAUGGUUCUGCUGUAGACUGGUGGGCCCUUGGAGUUUGUCUGUUUGAGUUUCUAACUGGAAUUCCACCUUUCAAUGAUGAAACACCAACACAAGUCUUCCAAAAUAUUUUGAAAAGAGAUAUUCCCUGGCCUGAGGGUGAAGAAAAGCUGUCUGAUAAUGCCCAAAAUGCAAUAGAUAUUCUUCUAACAAUUGACAGUACUAAGAGAGCUGGACUGAAGGAAUUGAAACAUCACCCCCUCUUUCAUGGUGUGGACUGGGAUAAUCUCCAGAAUCAACCUAUGCCGUUUAUACCUCAGCCAGAUGAUGAAACUGAUACCUCUUACUUUGAAGCUAGGAAUAAUGCUCAGCACCUCACUGUGUCUGGAUUUAGCUUAUAA